AUGGGAGACAAAAUAGCCGACGAAUAUGCGGAGAGCAUUGAUCCAGAGAUCUACGCCAACAAUCCCGCAUACUUCUCUCUCUUUAACCCAUAUAUUCACAAACAAACCAUAAUCGCCGAUCAUGUCUCAGUACAGUGCCACAUAGACCUCAAUGGAAUUGAUGCCGUUGGGUCGAAGAUCGGCAAUGUCAAUGCACAUGCAGGUAAUUUUACUUCACUGUGUGCGCCAAACUGCCUACCGGAAAGACUUGCGCUGGUCGCGUACACUGUGGAAUAUGCAUUCCUCCAUGAUGAUGAAACCGAUAAUGCUGCUGAUCAAGAGGCUUUAUUGCUGGAAAACAAGAUGCUCCACCAGGCUCUUAAUCAGAGCAGUAUGACUUCUGUAUCGACCAGAGUUUCAGAUAAAGCACAACGCAAAGCUGAGGUCCAGGCCAAGAUCGCGGCCGAGUACCUGCGUCUUGAUCCCGUGUUCGGCGAAUGGUUCAUUAAAGCGUGGCAAACAUUCACUGCGUCCGUACAGGACGUGAGAAGUCUUGAAUUUCCCAGUCUGGAUGACUACCUGGGGUUCAGAAUUGUUGAUGCAGCAGCAGACUGGACACUCUAUAAUUUCCGAUGGGGAUCAGGCAUCACGCUCACCCCCGAGGAAGAAAAAAUCGCCGACCCUAUGAGCUACGUGGCAUAUGCAGAGUUAUGCCUGGUAAAUGACUUGUUCUCUUGGGACAAGGAGUACGCAUCUCAUAUCAAAAACAAUGGCGACGUGCCCUUAGUCAAUGCAGUGCAUGUUGUCGCGGUUACACAGGGUCUGACGCACUGUGCAGCGAAGGCGGUUGUCCAGGCCGAGAUCCGAGCACACGAAGAGCGAUUUUGUUUCUUGAAAGAACAAUACGAGGCGACGACUAGCCCAUCAGAUUCAGUUCUCAGCUGGUUAAAGCUGCUCGAGCACUCAAUGGCUGGAAAUUGGGUUUGGAGUCUUUGUACUCCUCGUUACUUCAAGGCUGACCGGAACCCCUAUAAAGAUCACCUCGAAAAGUUCGGCAGCAACACAGUGCGAGUUCUCACACCCCGAGAGCAGCUUCGUAACACAAAACAAGAGAUCAAAGACACCAAGGAGAGUGCGCUCAAAGAUCUCAGCCCAAACACAGCAGCAGCGAGUGAUGUUCUGGCCAAGUACUCACCUGGGUAUCCCGCAAUUGACGAGCCCGUGUUAAAUCCCUACACCUAUAUUAACUCCCUGCCAUCUAAGAACGUGAGACAGACAUUGAUAUCGGCUCUGAAUUCAUGGUACAAGGUGCCCGUGAAGUCCCUCCUAAUUAUAGAGGGCGCAGUCAACUUCCUGCACAACUCAUCAUUAUUGCUCGAUGACAUCCAGGAUGGAAGUGUCCUCAGACGCGGAAAGCCUGUGGCACAUCAUAUAUUUGGCGUCGGCCAAACCAUCAAUACUGCGACAUAUCUGAUGAAUGAAGCCUUGUGUCUCAUACAUAUGCUUUCGCCAUCUGCGGUAUCAGUUUAUAUAGAUGAAAUGCGUAACCUCCAGCUUGGACAGGGACGCGAUCUCCACUGGAGCUACCAUACGCAUGUACCGACCCCUGCACAGUAUAUCAGCAUGGUCGACGGCAAAACAGGUGGCCUGUUUCGUCUCAUCAGCCGUUUGAUGAGAUCAGAGGCGACGGCGAAUGGAAACCUUGAUAUAAGUCAGUUUGCGACCUUGCUUGGAAGACACUUCCAAAUACGAGAUGACUACCAGAACCUUCAAAGCGAAGAUUACACAAAGAACAAGGGCUUUUGUGACGAUCUAGACGAAGGGAAAUUAUCUUUCCCGGUCAUCCUAUCAAUGCAAUCGCCCGGCUUCUCCAACACAGCGUUGUCAAGCGUAUUCAAGGGUUCCCAAAAAGGCGAAAUACUAUCACCCGAAAUGAAGCAGUACAUACUAGAGGAGAUAACUGCUCGGGGGGCUUUCUCCAAAACAAAGUCCGUGUUGAGGAAAUUGCAUAUCGAACUCCUACGUCUACUUAUGGAGACCGAAAAGAAGGCUGGUGGCAUAGAGAACUGGGCGCUCCGGUUGUUGAUUAUGAAGCUGGACCUUGGCGAUGAAAAUAAAAAGGUGGCACAUAAGAGUGAUUCUGCUUGGAAGGUCAACCAGCGACGAGCGUGGAAAGGAAGUCAGACAAACGGGCGGCCUAUUGAUAAGGCUUGCUUUUUGAGGGCUAUGGAAGAGGCGUCUCAGAAAUGA